AUGCGUUGGAGAAUAGCUUUGUCUCCAUAUUCUUAUGAUAUCCAUUAUCGUCCUGGCCAAUGUAAUAGUGGUCCAGAUACAUUUACUCGAGUUAAAUGUGCAGCAAUAAGUUCAGAAUCUUUAUAUAAUUUGCAUGCUGCACUUUGCCAAAGGUCAAUACUUCAAUACAUAGAUAACCCAAAUGACGGCCAAUGUUCUUCAAAAGAUAGUACUUUGAUACAAACUCCAUUAGUAGUAGAAGAAAGUGAAAAUGAAGCUUCUAAUAAUAGCACCUUCACUGUUGCCAUGGAAAAAAACGACCAAGAAAAUGAAGCUGAAUCUCUACAAGCUUUUAGAUGUAACUUGUUUCUUGCUAAGCAAAAUUUGCCAUUUCGUGGACAUCAGGAGGAUGAAUCGUCUUUGAAUAAAGGUAAUUUUUUAGAAUUAGUGGAUUUGCUUUCAACGUAUGACCCUAUAUUAAAGGAGCAUUUAAUUAAAUUAAGGGAAAGUUAUUCCAAGGUUUCGUAUCUUUCCCCAAAAAUUCAAAAUGAUUUUAUCAGUUGUCUGGCAAGUCACGUAAAAGACAAACUUAUUGAAGAAAUAAAAUCCGCGCGAUAUUUUGGCAUGAUGUUUGAUAGCACUCCUGAUAUAUCUCACGUGGAUCAAAUUUCUGAGGUGAUCAGAUAUAUUAAAAAUAAAAAUAAAAAGGUAGAAUUAAAAGAGGCAUUUUUAGGAUUUUUUCCAUUAAAAGGAAAAAAGGCUCUGGACUUAAGUACUGAAAUACUUAAACAAUUAGAAUCUGAUGGGUUAGAUAUAAUGAUGUGCCGCUCCCAGGGAUAUGAUAAUGCAGCUACAAUGGCUGGAAUCCAUGGAGGUGUACAGAAAAUUAUUUCUGAUAAAAAUAAUAAAGCUAUUUUUAAUGGAUGUAUUGAUCAUUCCCUAAAUUUAUGUGGUCAGCAUUCUUUUGCAGUAAAUGCAUCUUGCGUCACAUUUUUCGGAACAAUUGAUGCAAUUUAUUUAUUUUUUGCUGCUUCUACGCAUAGGUGGGAAGUGUUAAUAAAGCAUACCAAUAUAUCAGUGAAAAGACUGUCGACCACGCGUUGGAGUGCACAUUAUAACGCCGUAAAACCUCUUCAAGUGAAUUUUGAAAAAUUUAUCGAAGCAAUUGAAGCUCUUUGCAGUACCAAUGAAAAUUUAGAUACAAGAGGAGCAGCUGAAUCUCUUUUGCCGGCAGUGUGUCAAUAUUUUUAUGCUUUUUGUACUUUUGGCACGAUAUACUGGAAGAAGUAA